AUGAUAUCAACUGCACUUUCCAACCUGAUGAAGGAGGGAUUCGAUGUAAAAGCUCUUCGCGCGUUUCGUGUACUUCGACCAUUGCGCUUAGUAUCGGGAGUACCUAGUUUGCAAGUUGUUCUGAAUUCUAUCUUACGUGCCAUGGUGCCUUUGCUACACAUAGCCCUAUUGGUGUUAUUUGUGAUAAUCAUUUAUGCUAUCAUAGGAUUAGAGCUUUUCUCCGGAAAAUUACACAAAUCCUGCUUCCACAACGAGACGGGAGAGAUAAUGGAUGAUCCACAUCCAUGCGGAGAAGACGGUUUUCAUUGUGACACCAUUUCGCCGGAAAUGGUGUGCCGGUAUUACUGGGAAGGUCCUAAUUUUGGAAUCACCAACUUUGACAACUUCGGAUUGUCCAUGUUAACCGUUUUUCAGUGCGUAACACUGGAAGGUUGGACUGACAUGCUUUAUUAUAUUGAAGAUGCUAUGGGUAGCAGUUGGCAAUGGGUGUAUUUCAUUUCAAUGGUUAUUCUUGGAGCAUUUUUUGUAAUGAACCUAAUUCUUGGUGUGCUGAGUGGUGAAUUUUCUAAAGAACGUACGAAGGCCAAAAAUCGUGGAGAUUUUCAGAAAUUGCGGGAAAAGCAACAGAUCGAAGAAGAUCUUAGAGGAUAUCUUGACUGGAUUACACAAGCGGAAGACAUAGAUCCAGACAAUGAGGCCAGCGGAAUGCAAGAAGGAAAAAUGAAAAAUAUAAUCGAAUUGGACUCUUCGGACAAUGUAGGCGAAGAUGGAGAAAUUCAACAUGAAUCAUGGGUUGCCAGAAAGCGAAAAACGAUCGAUCGUAUUAACCGAAGACUACGCCGAGCCUGUCGUAAAGCUGUAAAAUCACAAGCAUUCUAUUGGCUUAUUAUCAUACUGGUAUUUUUAAAUACUGGCGUCUUAGCUACUGAACAUUAUAGACAGCCACCUUGGUUGGAUGAUUUCCAAGAGUAUACGAAUAUGUUUUUUGUAGCAUUAUUUACAAUGGAAAUGCUUCUGAAAAUGUAUAGUUUGGGCUUUCAGGGUUACUUUGUGUCUUUAUUCAAUCGCUUCGACUGUUUCGUUGUGAUUGGUAGCAUAGGCGAGAUGAUAUUAACAAGUACUCAAAUCAUGCCUCCCCUCGGGGUAUCCGUCCUACGGUGUGUCCGGUUACUGCGUGUGUUCAAAGUGACUAAGUACUGGCAAUCUCUAUCUAAUUUAGUAGCAUCCUUAUUGAAUUCUAUUCAAUCUAUCGCAUCACUUUUACUGCUACUGUUUUUGUUUAUUGUUAUAUUUGCAUUGCUUGGCAUGCAAGUAUUUGGAGGAAAGUUUAAUUUUAACAGCUCGGUGGAUAAACCGCGAUCGAACUUUGACAGUUUUGUACAGAGUUUACUCACAGUAUUCCAGAUACUUACUGGAGAAGAUUGGAAUAUGGUUAUGUAUGAUGGAAUUCAAGCCUACGGAGGAGUGGCCUCGCUUGGAAUUAUUGCCAGCAUUUAUUUUAUAAUUCUCUUCAUAUGUGGCAACUAUAUUCUGUUAAAUGUGUUCUUGGCUAUCGCUGUGGAUAACUUAGCAGAUGCUGAUUCACUAACAACAGUUGAAAAGGAAGAAGGUGAUAACCCUGAUGGCGAGGAGGAAAAAUUGUCUCAUGAACCAACACCAACAGAACAUGGAGAUGAUGGGUUUAUGGAUCAUGAUAAAGACAAUCUGGACUCGGACAAUGAUCCAAUGAAUAUAUCUGAUGAUUAUGAUGGUCAAGAUUCAGAUACCAAAAUACCUGUUGCAGAAGACGAUGAAGGAUAUGAAGAGCAAGAUACUCCAGGUGAGGCAUUUGAUGAACUUCCUACAGCUUCUGCGCGACCGCGUCGCUUAUCGGAAUUAAGUGUGAAGAAGUCUAAAAAGCCAAUCCCAAAAUCAAACGCACUACUUAUAUUCUCUCCUACGAACAGAUUUCGCAUAUUCUGCCACUGGCUGUGCAAUCACAGCACGUUUGGCAACAUUAUACUGGUAUGCAUCAUGUUUUCGUCAGCCAUGUUAGCAGCAGAAGAUCCUCUUAAUGCAAACAGCGAACGAAAUCAAAUUUUGAACUAUUUUGACUACUUCUUUACGUCGGUGUUCACUAUCGAGCUGCUGUUAAAGCUGGUAUCAUAUGGAUUUUUGUUUCACGAUGGAGCAUUUUGUCGAUCAGCAUUCAAUUUGUUGGAUCUCCUAGUCGUCUGUGUAUCAUUAAUAUCAAUGUUUUUCAGUUCUGGUGCCAUUUCUGUGAUAAAAAUACUGCGUGUACUUCGUGUUCUUCGACCAUUACGUGCAAUUAACAGAGCAAAAGGUUUGAAGUACGUAGUCAAAUGUGUGAUAGUUGCCAUAAAAACGAUCGGUAACAUUAUGCUAGUGACGUACCUCUUGCAGUUUAUGUUUGCUGUGAUUGGAGUACAAUUGUUUAAGGGCAAAUUCUUUUCAUGCUCUGAUGGUUCAAAAAUGCAGGAAGCAGAAUGCCAUGGUACUUACUUGGUAUAUGAAGAUGGCAACGUAGAUAAACCAGUUUCAAAAGAACGAUACUGGUCAAGAAACCGCUUUCAUUUUGACGACGUUUCGAAAGCUAUGUUAACUCUUUUUACUGUAUCUACUUUUGAAGGAUGGCCUGGAUUGCUGUAUGUAUCGAUUGACUCUCACGAAGAAGAUUCCGGACCAAUACACAAUUUCCGCCCAAUCGUUGCGGCGUAUUACAUCAUAUAUAUAAUCAUAAUUGCAUUUUUCAUGGUAAACAUCUUUGUUGGUUUCGUUAUCGUUACAUUCCAAAACGAAGGCGAACAGGAGUAUAAAAACUGCGAUCUAGAUAAAAACCAGCGGAAUUGUAUAGAGUUUGCACUGAAAGCUAAACCAAUACGUCGAUACAUACCCAAGCACAGGAUACAGUACAAAGUGUGGUGGUUCGUGACAUCACAACCAUUUGAGUACAUGAUUUUUGUACUUAUCAUGAUAAACACGAUUACCCUUUCGAUGAAGUUUUACCGGCAACCAGAAAUUUAUACAGAAGUACUCGAUUUGUUGAAUCUUAUCUUUACGGCAGUGUUCGCACUGGAAUUCGUUUUCAAGCUAGCAGCAUUCAGGUUCAAAAACUAUUUUGGAGAUGCAUGGAAUGUAUUCGAUUUUAUAAUUGUACUUGGAAGCUUCAUCGACAUAGUAUACUCAGAAGUUAACAUUAGCAAAGGAAUGAAGGGUGGUUCUAGCAUUAUUUCGAUCAAUUUCUUCCGACUGUUUCGAGUGAUGAGGUUAGUUAAACUUCUUGCCAGAGGUGAAGGAAUUCGUACAUUAUUGUGGACAUUCAUCAAAUCUUUUCAAGCACUGCCAUAUGUUGCAUUAUUGAUUGUAAUGUUGUUUUUUAUCUACGCUGUAAUUGGAAUGCAGGUAUUCGGCAAAAUAGCAAUGGAUGAUGAAACAUCAAUCCAUCGAAACAACAACUUCCAAACCUUUCCACAAGCAGUGUUGGUUUUGUUCCGAUCAGCGACAGGAGAGGCUUGGCAGGACAUCAUGCUUGAUUGUUCAGCGCGUCCGGGAGAGGUAAACUGUGAUGCUAAGUCCGACGAUGCUGGUUCUCCAGAAGGAUGCGGCUCAAACAUAGCUUUCCCUUACUUUAUAUCCUUUUACGUACUGUGUUCAUUCCUCAUCAUAAAUUUGUUCGUGGCCGUUAUCAUGGAUAACUUUGAUUAUUUGACGCGAGAUUGGUCUAUUCUUGGACCUCAUCAUCUGGAUGAGUUUGUGCGCCUGUGGAGCGAGUACGAUCCUGAUGCGAAGGGUCGUAUCAAGCAUCUGGACGUAGUGACUCUACUACGAAAAAUCUCUCCACCGCUUGGAUUUGGCAAGCUGUGCCCACACCGGGUAGCCUGUAAGCGCCUAGUCUCGAUGAACAUGCCGCUAAACAGUGACGGCACGGUGUUGUUCAAUGCGACACUGUUUGCAGUGGUGCGCACCUCACUGAAAAUCAAAACAGAGGGCAAUAUCGACGAUGCAAACGCAGAAUUGCGGAACACAAUCAAACAAAUAUGGAAACGAACUAAUCCGAAACUUUUAGACCAAGUCGUUCCUCCGCCUGGAGUAGAUGAUGAAGUUACUGUGGGCAAAUUUUACGCAACAUUUUUAAUACAAGAUUACUUUAGGCGGUUUAAGAAGCGCAAAGAAAAUGAUAGCAAACUCAACAGUGAUCAAAAUAAACGACGUACUAUGACGCUUCAGGCCGGACUGCGGACACUACACGAAGCCGGUCCGGAACUAAAGCGAGCCAUUUCAGGCAAUCUGGAAGAAAUCGGCGAUGAUAAUCCAGAGCCAUCUCAUCGGCGGAAUCACACUCUAUUUGGUAAUGUGUGGUCGUCAAUUCGACGUCCGGGUCCUUUUGGAUCAAAACAAAAGUGGAAUUCAAAUAAUAACAAAAUGUCUGCCACUUCUAUGGCCGCAUCUGCGGCAAUGCAUACGGUUUUAUCGGGCCCAAAUGACGGGUCAAGCCAAACAGAAAUGAAGCCAAAGCAUAACUGUGUCAACAGUUCUAAUACCUACAAUCAUGUAGCUGAAAGCAUUCUUCAUGCCGUGCACGACGAACCGAUAGGACGAAAUUACGGUAACGGCUUGAAUAUAGGAAAUCCGGGACAUACGGGUGAUAUACCACUUCGCUCUUUAGUUUUAGACGAUUCUUCAAUUUUAAAACGAGCGAAUGUAAACGCAAACAUCGGAUCGCACAGCAAAUUGUACUCGCAAAUAAAUGAUAAUCAAGUUGCCAAUUUUGAGGAAGAUCGGCUUAUUCACUCAACGCCAAGCAGCCCUCAGGAAACGCAUAAACUAUCGGCUGAAGUUAUAGGAUCGGCUGAGAGUCUCGUGGGCAGAGUUCUGGCGCAACAAGGUCUGGGUAAAUAUUGUGAUCUUGAUUUAGUGCAUUGUGCUCAAAUGGAAAUGCAAGAGGCGUUAGAUAUGACACAGGAAGAAAUGGAUUUAGCGGCCCACGAGCUAAUGUUGGAGGAACGAUUUAAGAGGAAAAACUACGCACCUGUAAAAGGUCAACCUAAGCGUGGAACCAAUACUAGAAAGAAUAAGAAUCAGCAACCGCUCUUAUAGCACCAAACUAGUGUAUUCAAUCAUGUUGUCAUAUUAGGAAGAAAUAUUGUACAUCAAUAUGAUAGCUCUCAUUUUGUUUUUUAUUCUUUUAAUUUAUAUGUGAAGAACAUGUCGAUCCUUGGAACAUCAAUUUAAUUUGUUGAUGAAGAAAUGUAUGUUUAUUGUUGGUAACAUAGUCCACAUUGAACAAAAUGAAAGCACAGUAAUCUAAUUCUUACGAGUUUAAUUAACCCAAGAUGCAAGUCUUAAAAUUGCAUGCAAAAUGACUGAAAAUCUCGCCUCAAAAUGGCCCCACCACACAGCGAUUUGCGAGGGCGCGCGAGGGCUCGCACGCCAUACAAGUUCACUGCCCCAGAGCCCUCUCAUUAAAGAGCUUGCGAGUCUUGGCAGUUUUUUCACCCCUAGUUUUAUCAGUUAUAAUUAUAGCACCACAAGAUCAGGUAUAACAGUGCAAUUUGUAGUAAACUAAACACCUGAAGUUUGACAUAUUAUUUUGAAAAAAUCCACAAAAAUAUAAAUAGUGACCUUUUCCACGAAUAACACCGAAAAAAAAAGAUUAUUUAAAAUACCAUAAGAUUUCGAGCAGAUCAUCAGCAACCCUCGCAAUGUUUAAAAGGGGGCCAUAAAGUACGACAAAAAGAAACUAGUUUAAAAUUUAAACGAUUAAACAUUAUAUAAACCGCUUAACGUGCUCCGUAGUCCAAUCCUGGCGAGAUUUUCAGCCAUUUUGCCUGCAAGUUUGUCACUUGUGUCCAGCCUGGGUUAUAGGUACUUUGGAUCCUUUUUUCUGUGUCGUUAAAAACAGGAUAUAAACACGUAGCCAAUUAGAAAUCCGAUGAUGAGAAAUACUGCAAAAAACAAGAAUCUUAUAAAUAGCAGAAUCAGAAGAAACAAAUUAUCUUCUCAAUAAUAAACAUGAAAACUGAUAUUGAAUAAUUA